UACUGAUGCCACCGCCCAGGGUAGGCCUACCAGGUCGUUGCAAGGUCGUUGACAUCCUCGUUGCUGCGGUCGUCGUUGACUCUUUCUCCUCUUCACGCUAUCUUUCUUGCACUGGGCAGGAUCCCAGCAUUAUAGUCACAUAAUUUGCGGCGAUUGAUCCGAUCCAGGUGGUCAUAAUUUGAGGUUCUGCGCGGUCUUCCUACAGCGUUUACCACACUCUCGUUUGUCGGUGAUUCGUCUCGUUGAGGCCAUGCCCCGUCGACCCCCGCCUUCGGCUCUUAGACUCGUACCGGGCCCGACCCCUCCCCGCGGGCAGCCUAAGCAUGUCCUGCCUUCGCUCCCGAAUCCGACAUUUCAGCCUCCGUCAAUGUUGCGGGGCCCAAGCCCCCGACCGCGGACAAAGGCAGAUACCAUGUCAUCCCACACCAGAAAUCCCGAGCCCGCAAUGGGCGCCGUGUCACAUCUGGGGCAUAGGAGUCAUGCGAGUUUACCAGCUCUGAUCAUUCCUGGCAUGGCUGGCAUGGAACCCAGCCCGACUCCUGUUACAAGGUCGCCUUCCCCGACAUCGAGCAGCGGCAGCAAGUUCGUUCCCGGCCCUUGGGAUCAUUCGAGGAGUAUUGUGGUGCCCCUUAACGUCGAUACAUUGCUCGCUGCGCCGAAACCUGCAGCUGUCAGUCCUGCAACGGGAUUUGGGUGGAUGAUGAUCUAGGACGCGAGUACCGGAUGCUAUAGCACCGAGUCGGUACCGCCAGCGUACCCUCCGGGAGAGGCAAACGCGAUGUGUUUACGAUAACAGGAUCGAGACGAGGUUGUACUAGUAGUGCACCAGUUAUAAGUACUGCCGCUACUGUAGACUACAGUACUGUCAAGCAAAAUUGUUUGGCCCC